AUGUCAUCCUUCUCCAUGACAACGCAAGGCCUCACACCUGCAUUGUUGACAAGGGAUAAAUUGGAAGAAAUGGGCUGGGAAACUCUCGAACACCUUCCUUACAGUCCAGACCUGUCCCCUUGUGACUAUUUUUUAGAAUGUUUGGUGGUGAAGAAAGUGGACAUAUUUUCUGAAUCAGUCUUAGAUGAUUCGUCUGUUCUCGAACACAAGAAUAAAGAUAUUGAAGAAAGUCACAAUCAGGUUAUUGAUGCUUCAGGGGAUGAGACUGAGGAUGAUGAAUUCUUUGUGUUACCAUCUCAGACAGUCAAAGAAUUCAAAUCCAACCGGAAAGAUAAAAGUAAUAAAAUGGCAGAUUUAAGUUUAACUGAAGAUAUUUUUGAUCCAUCUGUUGUGGCUAAACAUUAUAAAAACAAAGAUUCCUCUACAUCAAAAUUGGAAAUAAACAGUAGCAAGGAUAUCUUUGAACUAGAAACACAAGGUGAUGACUUUGAUGGCGUUUGUAAAUCCAGUGUUGGAGUCCCCGAGGACAGAAAUUUAAUGGAUAUUGAUACUGAGUGUGUAUUUAAUACAGAAGCACAAUUAACAGUGAGAGAUCAGAACAAUCAAGAUGACACAUCCAUUUUUGAGGCGGAAACCCAAGAAAUGGGUCUAAGUCAACUGCAAAUCCAAAAAGCAGAAAAAAGUUGCGAUAUUGAUAUUUUUGAUGCAGAAUCUGAGUUAGCUGAAUGUCAGAGGGAGCUUCACAACAAAAAUAAAGAAUUUGAAAGUUCAGGGAAGGAAAAUGUUAAAAAUGAGGACAAAUUAAAUGAUAUGAACAAAAGUGGAACUGAUAACGUAAACUCUUCAAAUGCCUUAGAAGAAGAUGAGAUAAGUGACCUUGCACUUUCAGCUGUCUUAUCACAAGUUAACAGUAGUUUGGAAUCACUGAAAGCCUCGAAUAAUGGCUUAAAAGACAUAACAAAAGAACUCACACAACCAAAUGCAGACAAUAAAGAUCAAGAAAAUGGAUCUGGAAGCAUUGUUGCUCACAAAGAGCAAAAGUCUGAAACACAACCAAAUUUGCUGUUAGAGAAAUCCAUAUUGGAAGAAAAUGGAAGAACUAAUAUGGAAGAUGAAGUGGGCUUUGAAGCUGAAACCCAACUGAAUGUACGACUAGAGAAACCCAACUUGGAUAAAAAUGGAAGAAUUAAUGUGGAAGAUGAUACGGGCUUUGAAGCUGAAACACAACUGAAUGUGGGGCUAGAAAAACCCAGCUUGGAUAGAAAUGGAAAAACUAAUGUUGAAGACGAAGUGGGCUUUGAAGCUGAAACACAACUCAAUGUACGACUAGAGAAACCCAGCUUGGAUAAAAAUGGAAGACUUAAUGUAGAAGAUGAAGUGGGCUUUGAAGCUGAAACACAACUCAAUGUACGAUUAGAGAAACCCAGCUUGGAUAGAAAUGGAAAAACUAAUGUGGAAGAUGAUGUGGGCUUUGAAGCUGAAACACAACUCAAUAAAAAACCCAGCUUGGAUAGAAAUGGAAAAACUAAUGUUGAAGACGAAGUGGGCUUUGAAGCUGAAACACAACUCAAUGUACGACUAGAGAAACCCAGCUUGGAUAAAAAUGGAAGACUUAAUGUAGAAGAUGAAGUGGGCUUUGAAGCUGAAACACAACUCAAUGUACGAUUAGAGAAACCCAGCUUGGAUAGAAAUGGAAAAACUAAUGUUGAAGACGAAGUGGGCUUUGAAGCUGAAACACAACUCAAUGUACGACUAGAGAAACCCAGCUUGGAUAAAAAUGGAAGACUUAAUGUAGAAGAUGAAGUGGGCUUUGAAGCUGAAACACAACCAAAUUUAAAGAUUCUGAAUCCCAGAGUGAGAGCCCUAGGCGAUCAGUUUAAAAGAGGCGAACAAGUUUUGUUUACCGGAUUUAGCAACGCAACAUAUGAAGCCAACAUAAAAAAAUUAGGUGGAACUGUGGUUGACUCUCCUGACAACUGCACUGUGCUUGUUACUGACAAAGUGCGUAGAACUGUGAAGUUCCUGUGUGUGCUUGGUCAGGGCAAGCCUAUUGUCGACCCCGAGUGGAUCGAGAAGUCGUGGCGCUGCACAUGCUUUGAAGACCCUAUGAAUCAUCUGCUAUUGGAUGUGGAAGCCCAGUCGAGAUUCAAUUUUGAUCUUCGAUUAACGAUAAAUGAAGCAAAGAAGCAGCCAAUGUUAACUGGCUAUACAGUCUAUGCAACGCCCAGCGUUAAACCUCCCCCAGAUGACAUUAAGAGUAUAGUAGAAAGCUGUGGUGGAGAGUUUUUGCCAAAGGUUCCAUCCAAGUGGCCGGACCAGACGAUUGUCAUAUCUCAUCCUGACGACAAACCUCUGUGGAAGAAGCUUAAAGUGAAGGGAUCAACUCCACCAAUUGUGGCAGCGGAAUUUUUGCUCCUGGGUGUUUUACAACACAGAAUAGACAUUCAAACUCACAAAAUAUCUUAACACUCGAAAUUUUACUCUUGAAACCGGUGAAUCACAUUUUAAAACAAUUUUUAGUCAUAACCACUGUCAAUAUAGUUUUUUAUAAAUAUAUAAUUUGUUGAGUUUGCCCAUGACGGAGUAAUUUGAAUUUGUACUUUUUCAGUUCCUGUUCGUGUAAGGUGGCGCAAGUUGAUUUUUUGUUGAGUUAAUUCUUCAGAAUUUAAGUCACAACCCUUUACGAUAACUUCCCUGGAAAUAAGAAUAAUUGAACAUAAUUAACUACCUACCACUUUACCAGGAAUAUAGCUAUUUAAAGUUGUCAUUUUCAGUAAUGUUAAUGUCAGGCCCAUGGAAAACAGCUGAUAGUAAAGAUAUGAGUUUGUACGUAAUUUAUAUGAAUUAUGACAAGUGAAUGACAUGUUUUAUGUCUAUAUAUGUUUUAUUUAUAUUUAUUUUUUAUAUUUUAUUUAUGUCAUAAUAUAAAGAAUAUUAUUACCCUCAGUAAUACAUUAAAUACAUCUUGUAAAAAUUUCAUAUCCUUAUUUUUAAGUCUUCCGUGUAAUUUCAGAAUGGUUCAUAUUACUCCUGAAAUAAUUGCAAUUCCUCAUUGAAUGAUAAACAGUACUAUUUUUGCUGUCUAGUAAGAAGGAUAUACAUUGUUAGUGCAGGGAAAUGCUGUGAGCAGUCCCCAUACUAGGAUGAAAAAUGCCAGUGACAUUGAAAGGAAAUACAAUAUCUGUAUUAUAUGUUACCGCAGUAGUCUAUGUACUCUAUUGGGUUCUAGACCGUCAAUAUAUAAACUUUAUAUUGUUA